AUGACUAAUUGCAGACUUGUCAUCAACUUCAGUUUCUUCUUAUGUUUGGUUGUUAACUUGGCUCCCCUUGUUCUUAUGUUUCCCUUUACUAAUAACCAGCUUGGCUACAAUUUCUACGACACAACAUGCCCCAAGUUUCCCAUGAUUGUUAGAUCUAGUGUUUGGUCGGCCAUUAGAAAUGAAACCAGAAUGACCGCAUCCCUCCUUCGGUUGCACUUUCAUGAUUGCAUCGUAAAUGGCUGUGAUGGUUCGGUGCUUCUUGAUGAUACACCAGAUUUCACGGGAGAAAAGAAUGCUUUUCCUAAUAAAAAUUCACUUCGAGGGUUUGAAGUGAUUGAUAACAUCAAAGAAGAAGUAGAGAGGAGUUGUCCAUCAACAGUUUCCUGUGCUGAUAUAUUGGCCUUUGCAGCUAGGGAAGCUGUUUCUAUGUCUUGGGGUCCUUUUUGGCCUGUUGCAUUAGGCCGACGAGAUGCAACAACAACCACUCAGGAUGCAGCUAAUCAACAGGUUCCCUCACCUUUUGACUCACUAGAAAUAAUCACUGCAAAGUUCACUUCAAAGGGUCUUGACUUGAACGAUGUUGUGAUCCUUUCAGGAGCACAUACAAUUGGUUUUGCCCAUUGCUCCACCUUCCAAAGGAGACUUUUUGACUUCAAAAGCUCUGGCAAACCUGAUCCUGUGCUUGACCCUUUACUCCUCUCAAAAUUGCAAAGCAUGUGUCCCAAUAAAGACACUUCAAACAGCAACAUUCUAGCACCCCUUGAUGUUACAAGUUCUUGUACUUUUGACAAUGCGUAUUACACAAACCUUGUAAGCAACAAAGGGCUCCUUGAAUCUGACCAAGCACUAAACGGGGAUCCAAAGACUGCUGCUAAGGUUAAUUAUUACAGCACCAACCGAUUUUCCUUCUAUAAUGAUUUUUCUGCAUCCAUGGUGAAGCUUAGUAAUGUGGGAGUACUUACAGGGCAAAAUGGACAAAUCAGAAAGAAAUGUGGCUCAGUAAACUAA